AUGGCAACCAUCGCCGUCGACGAAGGGAGACGCUCCUCCAUCGAGAAGCCCGCUAUCACAUCACCCGAUGACUUUCACUCUUCAGAACCGACAGCAUUUGAACGAUUACCGGACGAAAUAAUCCAGCAGAUUCUCCAGGCUGUCGAUGCGAAUGGCUUCGCUUCGCUGGUGCUGCUCAACUCGAAAUGGAGAAGCGUCGCUCAGCAGGCCCACCUAUACGCCUACCAAUUAUCCAAUUGUCCAUCCUACGCCCUGAGCCACCACAAUGCCUCGCCUCCAACUGUUAGCGAAGACGAUCUACCCAGAUUUCGAAGACUGUUCGCAAAGGAAGUCAAACGGAAUCUGUUCGAGGCCUACUUGCGCCCAAAUACGGCCAUCAUCAAGCUGAUAUCCAACUCGAUCAGCUCUUCAUCCGCCCCAGGUGGAGAUGGCAUCCAGUACAGCCCGUCACCCAAGGGCCACCACCUGCUAGCCUACAACUCCUCUCGGAUACAUGUUAUUGAUGUUAGGCAACGCGACAUUGCCGUUACAAGAGAGUUCAAGAUCUUGCGCCGUCCUGCCGCCACAUGUAUCAACGAUGAGGGAACCGUGCUAGCAGUUCUGCUGACCGAAAUGCAAAUCGACAUCUACGAUCUCAAGUCAACACCUCCGAGACGAACGCAGUCACUGAUUCUGGACAACAGCCCUCGUGCGAUUGCGCUUUCACCAUGUGGCGGGGUUCUGGCAGCGGCUUACGAAGGUGGCAUUGAGGUUUCUUCGUUGAACCCCAACGCAACAUCAACCGAGAGAAGAGCCGUCAAGUGUGAAGCCGUCGAUUCCUUGUCAUUUUCGUUUGACGGGACACAGAUUUUGGGCACUACGGUCCAUGCGCCACAGCCCAACACCGUAAUUCUAACCGCGCCCUACUACGAUCCAGGUAGUUGUUCGGUGGAGGACGAUAUCAGUGCAUUAUGGACCACCUCGAUCCUCUUCCCCAACACGAGUCGCGAUUGCAGCCACGCUGUCUUGAUCCAAAAUGGGAAAUACGAGGAGGCCGGUUGGACGUUCACGUACGACCGCAGUUACGAGAUCUUCAGGGCUGUGCGUAUCGAUGACCUCCGAAACGGCACAACAUACUUCACUGGGCCAAUACCGAACCCUACUUCGCAACCCAAACUAGUACCAUGUACUCUGCCCGCAGCCUCUUACCAUGGAGAGCUCGUGUCGGCCGGUUUUCAAGGCAAGGAUGUUUGGAUUUACGGUAUCCCCGAGGAUCUAGAUGCGACACCCGAAACGACGAGCACAGGCAAUGAAGGUGCCUCGAACUCGAGUGCUCUAAAUCGCCGCAACAGUCAACCGCCACCCCGAAGUGGUUCACGUUCGCAGGAUAAUGAUCCGUCUAGAGUCCCUCAGUGGCAAGCGCUCGACAAGUUGCGCAACAAGCUUAUCCCAGGACGCAAAAUCGGCCAUCUUGAGGGAGUACAUAUGGUGAAGUGGGUUGGAGACUUUGAAGAUUCAUCGGUGAAGGAACGCAUGAUUAUCGGUGCUCGAGGAAUAACACCCACCAAGCCCAUCACGGAAGAUGAUGGUUUUGGCUUUGUGGACGGGGGUAGGAUCACGGUGAUCGACUUCGACUACGGUUUGGAGAACGGCUCCACUGUCGAGAUUGAUAUCGAUGUUGGAUCCAAAGAACCCGAGGUAUUGGAGGAGGAACACCGAGAUAUGGAAGCCGAAGUUGCCAUUGUACGUCGAAGAACGGUUAUGCAAAAGAGAGGGAGUCGUGGUGGCUUGAUGCGGGCUGCUACCAGCGCAGGAGCUGUUCCUCCUGUUCCAGCACUUCCGUCUGCUUCGUCACUUCCCAGCCAGCCUUCAGAGCCAGUUCAGGAGGAUGAUGACCCUCUCUUACCUCGUCGUGUCGGAGCACUUCCCCCUAUUCCCCGGAUUGAAGCACCUUCGAUAACCGAGGAUACCGAAGAAUUUGCGUCGAUUGAGGAGCAAGAGGCCUUGGAGUCACCCUAUGCCCAUGCCAGCCCCCGAUCAGCUCCUACUCUUAGACGUGCCGCCACUGCUGCUGCUGCCAAUCGCCGAUUGCACCCGCAAGCUGCUGCUGCUGGUCCUGUCGAGUAUCGUCGCGCUGAUGGACGAGCCGAACAUCCACACGAGAGCGAUGCCGAUAAUUGGGUUCCUCCUCCACCUCCGUACCAAAAGGAGGAUCCGGGUGACUUGCCAGCUUUCCUGCGCCAUGCCAUUCCGCCCAUUAUUCCAACCUUGGUCGGUUCGACUGAAACGGAAGACUAUCUCAACGAAAUGCGCAGGCCGAAAUCUAUGCUGGAGCCAUCUCGAAGUCAUACUGCGUUACAACCUCCGCGGGCCGGAACCUCUAUCCCUCCUGUACCGUCUCUCUCCGCCCUUCCGCCGGUCCCUCCACUACCACACCACUCCUUGUCGUCAUCGAUACAGUAUCAGAGUAGCGGCAGCUCCACACACUCGACACACCUGACCCCUUACCAAGAGCCUCAACGGCCGCCUUCCUGCAACUCUCGAUACAUGGGGGAUGAAAACAUAUACGACGUCUCUCCGCCCGAUUCACCAAAGAUGGCAGCCAUGAACCCGUCUACUGGCGACAGCCAACAUCGUAGCGCGAGCGAUAGCCGAACAGUGAGCUCUCCUCAGGUUAACUUUUCGGUUCCGGCAUCAGGGUCAUCUUCCGGACAACAGCAACAUCCACCAUUACCUCUGCUACAAACAGAUAUUGCGCCUCCCCAGCAGCCAGGAUUCCCAUUCGCUCUAGACCUCCAUAUCCCGUCACCACAUAUCGGUAAUAUUAUGCCAUCACAGAAUAGCAGUCCGGUAGUUAGACGACUUUCGAACGCCGGGACAUGGCCGCUGGUUUCAAACCAGCCAACCAUCCCAGCUCCAGCAACGACAGACUUCCCACACUCAGCGCCUCCAGUAGAGAACAGCGAAUACUACCUGCCGGCCCCUAGCCAGGACCAGAUGAGGCGUUUGAAUAGCCGUUCAGGAGCUCCCCGGCGUCUAUCUGGCGGAUUUCACCCCACACCCGACUUUGUCGGUGGCGACUUCAGCAACCGCUCCGCAUAUUCGCAACCAGCAUCCCGCCGACCCUCAGCAGUCGAAGACAUGCCCCUAAUAGUCAGCACACCACAAGGUGUCUCAGGAGCCUUCGACCCGCCCGGUCGACACACUUCCGGUCGUCGGGGCGACCCUCCCCUUCUGGCUCCCGUUCCACGCCAUCCCCGCCCACAGAUGCAAUCAGCUGUCCUUGGGAACCGCCCAACCGUCGAGCGGCUGGAGACCAUAUAUAGCGUUGCGAGCACCGGUGCUACCUCAAACGCUGCUGGCGGCCUCGGUCUUACCAUUCCUACGACCACUCGAUCCCUGUCUACUUCCACGAACGGUGCCACCCGCACGACGAGUCUCAGCAGGCGACAGAGCCGAGCAGAAAGGAGUGCGGCCAAGAACAUCGCUGAUGCCAAGAAGAAGGGGUGGAUGGGUGGUCGUGGUAGGACCAAGAGCGUUAAAGAGAAGAAGGAGAAGAAGGUCAAGGGCAAAAAGACGAAGAAUGGAGAUCAUACAGAUGAUGAUGCGAGAAGUACGUGGACAGAUAUCACGACGCAUAGCUUUCUGCCAAGUGGUAUGAGGUUUGAGAGUAGUGAGCAGGCUGUGCAAGCGGCAAGGGAGAGAGCGGAGAGGGUGGAGGCUGGGGAGAAUAAUACAGGUAAGAGGGGGAAGAAUAAGGGGAAGGGCAAAGGGAAAGACGGGAAGGAGGAGAAGGGGGAGAAGGGGGAUAAGAAGUGUGUUGUUAUGUGA